CUCUCACAUAUUUCAGAGUUCAAACUAAACUCUUACACCUUCUUUCUACUAUCUUCAUCCAAUCGGAUUCCUAGAUUCGAGCUCACAGUUUGCAAAAACAACGCAAUGAAGCAUGAGAUUCAACCGAUCCAGCUCACUGGCAAAAGGAUACCUCGCAAACGCCGAACAAAAGUCUCUCCGAUCCAAUGCUCCGACAAGAAAGCGCGUCUUCUUAUGGCUCCUCCGGUGGUUGUGGCGGUGGAUUCAACUGCUUCUUCUCACUUGACAACGGCGAUUUCAUGUUCUUCUAGCGGAAUCUCUGUAAACAAGGAUGCGAUAGUAAACGAGCUGCUGCGGAAGUUGAAGAGAUCCAGCAAGGGAGAAGAGAUCCAGAGAGUGAUCUGUCAAAACGAAUUCCAUGUCUCUGAGUCCUCCUCUUGCGUUGAAUCGAGUUCGAGAGUUGCGGAGGAGAGAAAUCAUAAGAGAAUUAAGCUUAAAGGAGCUGUAAAGAGUAAAGAGGUUAAGGAAUUUGAAUAUCCAAACGCUGAUGUAUCUGAAGUUGGAAACAAUUGUUUAGAAUCAAGUGAGAAGUUAUUUAAAUUGAAGGAUAUUGGAGUUGAUUCAACUAUCUGUUCAUCCGUUGGAAAUAUCUUGCCGGAAGAAGAAGUCACAGAUGGUGAAACACGAGUUUUAACUAUUGAAUUAUCUGAUGCUUCAGAAAAACAUGCUGAGAGUAAGUUUACAGCUCCGAAUUCAGAAUCAACUGUGGACCAGAGAGAAAUACUCAUCGCCAACCACUCUGAUCUCGUUUGUUUAGAACAUCUAUGUUGCGAUGAAGACAUUUCUGAUUAUUCGUCUACAUAUUCUAGCCACCGGACAGGAAUUUCACAGAACAGUUUAGACCUAGAUUCAUCAGACUUUAGUCCGUCUAUAUGGAUGGAAUCUGGAAGCGAGUUCUCCGAGAAAUCCUUCAGCGACUCAGGUCCAUCGCCAACAUUCUCACUCUUCCUUGAGUAUAGCGAACAAUUCUCUACAUCAACUUCACCGUGCCAAUCUAAAUUCAUUUCUCCUGUUUCUGAAGAAGAGUAUUUCAUUGAUCCAUCAUUGUUGAUGUGCCUAGAAGAAGAAGAAGACCGAAUGUGUUACCAAAUAUUCAGGAACAGGGAGAGAAAAUACGAGCUUCUUCCGAACUUUGCAGAGUACUGCCGCUCCACUGGCUUUGAAGAACUCAUUAUCGAUCAACGAUCACAAAUGAUACAAUGGAUAGUUAAGCAUUCAACAGCAAAAGAGCUUCAGAAGGAGACAAUGUUCUUAGCAAUUAGCCUCUUUGACCGAUUCCUAAGCAAAGGGUAUUUCAGAAGCAAGCGAAAUAUUCAAAUUGUGGGAAUUUCCUGUUUGACAUUAGCCACAAGGAUAGAGGAAAACCAACCUUACAAUAGUGUCAGACAGAAGACAUUUAGAGCUGGACACAGUACAUUCAGUAGAUGUGAAGUAGUAGCAAUGGAGUGGCUUGUGCUGGAAGUUCUCAACUUCAAGUGCUUUCUGCCUACAAUCUACAGUUUCUUAUGGUUUUACCUGAAAGCUGCAAAAGCAAAUGAAGAGGUGGAGAAAAAUGUGAUGGGACUUUCAGUACUUGCAUUGUUUGGACAUGAACGACUUUCUUUCUGGCCUUCAACAGUUGCAGCUGGACUUGUCAUACUUGCUUCAAUGGCCGCCAAUAAAGACGCAUUCUCUCAGCGCGUCAUAGAGACUCAUGUCAAUAUGGAAGGAGAUGACCUCACUGGAUGCAUAAAGUGUCUUGGAAGCUUGAUAAACCAGAAGGUCACAUAGGAGUAUUAACUAAAGGGGAUCGAUCAAUCAAAGUAAGUAGUACAUGCUUUAUACUCAACUUACACAUAUGAUCUAUAAUUAGUUAAGAUGCUGGAUUUCCUUAUCCAGUAUUAUUAAUUAGUAAUAAUAAUGGGGUGAAUUGAUCUCCCUUGUUAGUUAGUUAUUAAAACUAUAAUAUUGUUUUAGAACUGC